AUGGCCACCGAGGCCUCAAUCGCCCUCACAAACCGCUCUCUCCGGACCAUUCGCACAGAACUUGAAUUUCUUGCAGACUCCUCCAUCAUCUCCCCUGAACAGCUGUCAUCCAUUCUCGCUCAACUACCCGCUCAAACACCUCUACACGCUCCUCUUCAGAACCCCGUCAAUAAUGUCUCAUCAAACACCCCAGUCGAUCAAUUCUCAAAUAUGAGCCUGAAAGAACAUUAUGCUCCAGUUCCCACACCUGCACCUCUCCCGCCGCCGGCGUACGUCCACACACCACAGAUACUGUCGAUUGCAACGGCUCUUUACGCAUACACGCCCACAGAUGCCGGUGAUCUGGCGCUACAGCAGGGUGACCGGGUACAGGUUACAGAACACAUGAACAAUGACUGGUGGCGAGGGCGCAAUGAACGGACCAACUUGGAAGGAAUCUUCCCUCGAAGUUACGUCAAUGUCAUCGAAGAGAAAGGUCGGCCGCCUUUGCAACCCCAACCAUCAGACUAUGGAAACAUGCCACUCCAAGUUGCUCAAGGUGGCAUGACGACUGGUCCUGAUGGCCGGAAAUACAGCAAGCUGGAAGAGCAAGGCAAGAAGUUUGGCAAGAAAAUGGGAAAUGCUGCUAUUUUCGGGGCUGGUGCCACAAUUGGCAGCAACAUUGUCAAUGGCAUAUUUUAA